AUGAUGUGGCUGAGAGCGUUAACGAUAAUCAGCGUGGCCGCGCUGGCAGCCGGCGACCUGAUGGACCUCUACGUGCAGCACAUGGACGAAGUGAUGCGCACGCACGAGUAUAAGCGAGAGCGGGCGCGUACGGCAGCCGCUGGCUCGCAAGCGCUGGAUAUUCGCCGGCAUUUCGAGCGUCGACGCAGGCGUAGUGUCCUCGAAGGCCCAAUGUUUAGGGUUGCCGAUUCGCCACGGCAGAGUCUUCAUGACGAUUUUCAAAUGAAGAAUGCCAGUCAUAAGAAAAAAAAAUUUUCCCAUGUAAAGGACGCUCUAGAUUUUCCCACCGUGCGCGAAGAUGACUAUGACGACGAGAACACCUAUGCCACUGCGGCGGAGCGCAGAGAGCCAGAGAAAUACAUCGAACCGCAGGUAGACGAGUCGACUUUUCCGGCAAAGAGCGCCCGCUCCUUCCCCAAAAAAUACAGUCGUGAACGCAAAAAGGUUGCGUUUGCAUUGAAUAAACGCAGCAAACGUAGCGUUGGCUUUGCAAGAUACGAAGUAUUGGACGAGGACGGUGAUGUGAUUUUGGAGUGGGACCCAACAGACGACGAAAACGUCACCUUCCGAGUGACAGCCAAGACUCUGGGUUAUGUUGGACUUGGUUUCAACGACAAGAGCCACAUGAUGGGUGCUGAUAUAAUUCUCGCUUGGGUCGACGAUCAUACCAUGAUUCCAACGCUCCUGGAUUCUCACGGUGUGUCGAGCGCGAACGCAGCACCCGAAACAGACAUCUCGCAGGACGUCCACUUGAUCCACGGCUCCCAAAACGACACCCACACCGUCAUCACGUUCACAAGGAGGUGGCGGACCUGCGAUCCACAGGACCGCAGCCUCACCGGUGACACUGUUCGAGUAAUAUGGGCUUUACAUUCGACUGAUCCAGAACUCAACGCUGCGAGAUUUCACGGUGAGAAACGGGGUGGUCGAGCACUUCGUCUCAAAGCACCAGCGCCACAUCCACCACCAGCUGUCGACGAUCCUGAUUUGUUCAAAUGGGAUGUUAAACUCAAUCAGUUCACGGUAUCCAACACAUCAGAUACAAUCUACUGGUGCAAAAUCUUCAGAGCGCCAAAGCUAAACCGCAAACAUCAUAUGAUAGGGUACAGUCCAAUAAUAGAAAAAGCCAACGAAGCCUUAGUUCACCACGUGAUACUGUACGAGUGUUCGUCAACAAACUCAAUCCUUGCCGAGCACGCGCGCCUGGCAGGUGCUCACUGCUACAGUCCGACGAUGCCAAAAGAGUGGGACAGCUGUUUGCAACCGGUCCUCGCAUGGGCUCGUGGUAGCCGUGGCGAAUGGUUACCCGAACAUGUGGGUCUGCCGAUUGCCGAACACUUCGAGCACUCGUACUACAUGCUGGAAGUUCACUACAACAAUAAAAUGGGCAGAAAAGUGAUCGACAGCAGUGGAGUGAGACUACAUCUCACGCCUAACAUUCGAAAAAUGGAGGCAGGCAUACUCGUCGCGGGUGUUGCCGUUAGCCCGCUGCACAUGGUGCCGCCCCAGCAAAAGGAGUAUGCUACCGCUGGUUAUUGUACUCCUCAGUGCACAGAGAAGAUGUUCGACAAAGAAGGGAUCAACAUAGUAUCCGUAGUGUUGCACUCCCACCUGGCCGGUAAACAAAUGAGUCUCCGUCACAUCCGCCAAGGUCAAGAACUGGCGCCCAUCGUUCAGGACAAACAUUUCGACUUUGAUUAUCAACAGUCGCAUACGCUCGAACGAGAAGUGAAAAUUUUGCCGGGUGACGAGAUCGUUGCCGAAUGCGUCUACGACACGAGAGACCGGACCAAACCGACUUUCGGUGGUUACGCCGCUCAUCAAGAGAUGUGCUUGGCUUUUGUGGUUCAUUAUCCGCGAACGCCUUUGGCUGCCUGUUACAGUAUGACACCGGUUAAGGAGUUCUUUAAUGCCUUAAAUGUGCAGAGCUUCAAAGGUGUCUCCAUGGAGCAAGUGGAAAAGUUGUUUUUGUCUACUACGACUGACACGGUCGCGUUGCCAGUGUCGCCAAAUCAUCACGCUCAGAUCUACCCUGAUUUUCGACCGAACGACGACGUCGACGUUGACAUUAUUAAACAGACCAAAUCGGCUCUGAUUUCUAAGGGAGACUAUAUAGACUACGAUGACAUUUUUGCAAGACUUGUUAUAGAAAAACCUGACGAGUUUAAAGAUCACACUCUAUCCGAUCAUAUGCUGGCUCUUGCUUGGAAUGAUACUGCCCUCUCGAAGUCCAUCGAGAUGAGUUUGUAUCAUGGAAGACACGUGACGUAUUGUAGAACGAGGGAAGAUAAAAUCCCAAGAGCUGCAUCUAUACAACAAUUUCCAAAUUUCACAGCCCUACCAGAAGCCAAUAACACUUAUUGCAAAGAGUAUCGCUCGGCAUUUGGCUCGUCGAGUGUCACGCUCGUGCCAUCGUUCAUCGCCGCCCUACUAGCCAUCUUAAUGGCUUUACUUCACUAGAAGAACGAGAGAGAGAGAGAGAGAGAGGUGUGUGAGUGCUCCCAAGCGAUAUGGACUUCUCUGUACAUUGCCCGUGUAUCAUACGAAUCGACGACCAUUUAUUUAUUUUAACGCCGUCGCUUGAGCGUGAAAUCACAAGUCGCUCGAGCGUGGUAACAAAACGUACGUUAGAUUAAGGCCAAAGUCCAUUGGGUUUAUUUUUGCGAUUUUUUCCCCAAUUGUACGAGUCAGUGAGAGAUAAGAAAAGUUAUGAUUGAUAUGCUUAUCGUUUGACGACUGUGCAUCUUAUGAGAUUUUAUUAUUAUUAUUU